AUGUCUACAGGCGUAUCAGAUAAUGAUAAUACCGUUUCAAAGUUAUCAUCUAUGUUAAUUGAUAAUACACUUCCAAUGAAACUACGUUUUCGUAUACUAUUUACAUUGAAAACUCUCAAUGGAAAACAUGCUAUUGAUGCUAUUAACCUUGCAUUUAAUGAUACGUCAGCAUUAUUAAAACAUGAAUGUGCUUAUUGCUUAGGUCAAAUGGCAAAUCAGUAUGCAAUACCAUAUUUAUUACGUGUGUUAAAUGAUGAAAAAGAAGAUUCUAUGGUUCGACAUGAAGCUGGCGAAGCAUUAGGUGCAAUUGGUUGUUAUGACAACAAAGAUGUUUUAAAUGCACUGGAAGCAAAUAGUCAAUCUAACUAUCCAGAGAUAGCUGAAACAUGUCAAAUUGCUCUUGACAGACUAAAGUGGUUGCAUGAAAAUAAUAUUUGUGAUUCUAAUAACAAAAAACCUUAUUCAACAAUUGAUCCUGCGCCAGCGUUUGAUAUAACUGAUAUUAGUGACUUACGUACGAUAUUAUUAGAUGAAAAAAAAUCAUUAUUUGAACGUUACAGAGCUUUAUUUGCUCUGCGAGAUUUAGGCAGUGACAACGAUAAUGCUGUACUUGCUAUAUGUGAUGGUUUUCAAUGUUCGAGUGCAUUAUUUCGUCAUGAAAUCGCUUUUGUCCUGGGACAACUACAAUCUGUAUGUUCAAUUAAUGCAUUAAAAUCUCAAUUAAACAAACUAGAUGAACAUUAUAUGGUUCGACAUGAAUGUGCCGAAACAUUAGGAUCAAUUGGAACAAAUGAAUGUCAAAAAUUACUAGAACUGUAUUUAAACGAUCGUGAUCGUGUUGUCCGAGAAAGUUGUGAAGUAGCUCUUGAUAUUAGUGAUUACGUGAACAGUAAAGAUUUUCAAUAUUGUAACGGUUUAAAACUUGUUGAAAUGGAAUGUUAA